CAACUCUCGUAGCCAUCGCCAUAGUUAUCAUUUUGGUGUAUCUCAAGACUCCUGUUGAUAUACUCUGGUGAGAGCAACAAAUACCAAUACACUCUUGUCUUGUAGUGCAGAUGACCUUUCUUUCUUCCUCCAUUUCUACAGGCCUUUGUGCGACCACCACACACAACCGUGCACGUCUGCCCGUCGACCUGCGUCGUAGGUAGUCAUAGGUACGGUACAUAACGACUUUACCUUCUUGCUUAUUAUAGUUGCCGCAAUAGGAAAGGAGAACGAGUGAUGCUCAAUAACAUGUCUCUCCUAAGUGUUAAAGAUGACGAUGCCGACAGGAUUAGUGUCGACAACGACUUGGAUUUCGAAAUGGGCAAGCUCAAUACCAGCUUUGACGAAAACGAAGAGGAGGCCGAUGCCAUUGACUUCAGCACUGGCGGCGAGUCCAGUUCGCGUACAAUCAACCUGUUUGGAGGUGUAUCGUUGGUGGUGGGCCUGAUGAUAGGUUCUGGUAUCUUUGCCUCGCCAGGCAGUAUCUUGUCCGAGGUUGAAUCCAUAGGUGUUUCGCUAGUUGUGUGGAUGAUGGGUGGCUUGCUGGCUAUGGCAGGUGCGUUAUGUUAUGUUGAGCUGGGCACUUCUAUUCCCAAGGGUGGGGGUGAGUACGCAUACCUAGAACUGGCCUACGGUCCCUUAGCCAGCUUUCUGUUCACCUUCACAGCAGCACUCAUAGCGCGCCCAGCGUCCAACUCCAUAAUUGCUAUCGUGUGCAGUGAAUACAUAAGUAAAGCCAUCUGGGCUGCAGAUGACGGUUCGGAUGUUCCUUCGGUGCUGAUUGUCAAGGGCAUAGCCAUAGCAAUACUUCUCGCCGUGUGCAUACUGCAGUGCGUAGACGGCAACCUUGCCAUGUCUGUGAUGAAGUCAACGACUGUGGCUAAGCUAUUGGCCAUUGCCAUUAUCUCAUUGUCGGGUCUAUGGGUACUGGUCACAUCCUCGGAGAGAAGGAAUGUUGUUUUCUCUACGAAGGACUGGUCAGAUGCGGACAUAUCACCCACAGCUCUCAGCAAUGCGGUCGUUGCCAGUCUGUGGGCGUAUGACGGAUGGAACAAUCUCAACUACGCUCUUGAGGAGUUUCAGAACCCCACGCGCAAUUUGCCGCUGGCUAUUCUCAUUGCCAUCCCACUAGUCAUCACAUGCUACCUGCUAGUCAAUGUGGCCUACUUAGCGGUGCUGAAUGUCGCCGAGAUCAUGGGAAGUGAGACCGUGGGUGUGUCGUACGGCACCAAACUCGUGGGCCACUCGUGGGGGGGUACUUUGGUGUGCCUGUUCGUCGCCGUCUCUGCAUUCGGGGCUUUGAACGGCAGUAUGAUUGGUGGGUCUAGGCUGACGCAUGUGGCUGCCAGAGACGGAAUGGCGCCUAGAUUCUUGUAUGGGCUUCAUCCCACACGUCACACGCCAUAUAAGGCCAUUAUAGCCCAGAGUAUGCUCUCGUGCCUGUACAUCCUGCCAGGUGAUUUCGAGCAGUUGUUGGCUUUCUUUUCCUUCGGCAUGUGGAUCUUCUAUGCCUUGACGGUCAUGUCUGUCUCAGUACUGCGCCGCAACAGGCCCAAUAUGGUGCGCCCCUUUAGGGUGUGGACUCCGCUGGUCUGGAUUUUCACACUCGUGGCUUGGUUCUUGGUGAUCAAUCUGCUGGUGAGCCGUACUAAGGCCUGUGUGGCGUGUCUCGUGUUCUUAGCCGUUGGCGCUGGCGUUUACGGCUUCAAAAGUUACGGCAACACUCCCAGCGCCGGCGGAGACCGUUCCCCAUUCAUCCGAAGCUACACCAAAGUGCAUCAGCAGCCGGAUGGAGAUGAUGAGGUAGAGACUGAGUUGGAAUUGGAGGCCAGCCAGAUACAUGAGGCGUGAGUGAGUAAGCCUGAUGAUCUCCUUUGUGUCUCAGGACAAUCCCGACUAUCAUAAAUCACCAACUUGUGUGUCUCUUUUAUCAAGGAGAUCAUAUUUAACCUGGUUAAAUUAUCACGAGUGUGUGUGGGGGGUGGGGGGGUGCUUUGGGUUGUACUGAAGCGCCUAUAUCGCAAUUCAUCUUCCCGUGCUUUAUAAUGCGAGGCUGUCUGUGCCAAGUCAAUACAUAGACUAUUACAUUGACAAAAAGACACUGGACGCCACGAGUCGUGCGGCUGUUACUGUGAAACAGAAUAACCAAAUUGUGUAUUCGACAGGACAUGGCAAAAUAGCAUAGCCCUGCUGAUGCACAACUCUCGCUGGCCCCUCCAAUGACCUUCAGCCGUACUUGAAUGCACACAAGUGUCCAAUGUAUCACCUAUCCACAACACUACAUACGCAUUGUGAAUAGACUGGCUGCCCUAGAAAGACUCCUACGCUGUGGUUCGUGGCACGUGGUCUCAGACGUAUUGGCACGCAAAUCACCAGGGUGUUGAGUUCAACUCACGGGAAAUCGCCGUAGUGGUGGAAUCUUGCACGACUGUAGUGGUGGACUGCAUAUCAUCCUAUACAAUAGGCCCGCCACAUUAUCCUACACAAUAGGGGUGAUGUACGCGACAGGUGCGGUGUAUAUAGUGUGCGAUAAAAACGUUAGCGUUCAGUCCAGACGCCAGCGUUCGUGGUAAUUCCUACACUUAGACAACGUGUACUUAGUGGUACAUUGAAAGCGAUUAAAACAAACGAAAAGUCAUAAGGUAUCUGGUUUCAUCGGCA